AUAAACAACAAUUACAGGUCCCAGCACCCAAAAGAUUAGUUCUUGGAACUAGCUCCUUACUCUACUGGAUGCAGCUUAUCAAGCAAGUGCUUAAGAGGUCAGAAAUGUUCUUGUUUCUGGUUAAUUGGCUUCUCUUCUUUGCCAAUAUUUUUGCAGUCUUUUUAGCCUCAUUGCCUCAAGAUUCUGUUCAUUUACUUGGGUUUCGAAGUGUUCUUCCAGAGCCCUCUCAAAAAUUGCUUCCUUGGGAUCAGUCUGUCUCACACUGCCAAUGGAAAGGUGUUACCUGCUAUUCAGACACAACUUCUCAUGUCGAAUCAUUGAAUUUCAGAGACUUCCUUCUAUCUGGAAUCUUGGACAAGGCCUUUCAUAAUCUUUGUCAUCUUACUCGCUUGAUCUCCCUUGAUCUCAGUGGCAACCAUUUCACUGGUGGUAUCCCCACUAUGCUCGCAAACUGCAGCCAAGUUGACACGAUUCGCCUCAACGACAACAGGUUUUCAGGAUCCAUCCCACCACAGAUUUUCAAAUCAAGUAAGCUUUUAUACCUUGAUUUGGGUGACAAUCGCCUCAAUGGAACCAUUCCUUCUGUGUAGGACUGUCGACAAGCCUUCAAUAUCUUGGGCUGUGGAACACUUCCCUUAGUGGAAAUGUUCCAAAAGAGCUAUUUGAUUUGCCAAACUUGACACAACUUUACAUCCACGCAAAUAAUCUAACAGGACCUCUCCCCGACUUCCCAUCCUCGUGCUCACUUUCCCAGCUUCAUAUUCAUCAUAAUCGCUUCUCAGGUUCUUUGCCAAUUUCCCUAGGUAAUUGUCACAACCUUACUGCAUUCUACGCAACAUCUGCUCAUCUAGGAGGAGUUAUUUCCCCAGAGGUUUUUAGGGGCCUUUCUAAUCUCGAAUUUCUCUAUUUACUUGAUAACAACUUUGCGUAGGUCAGGCCCGGAGUGGUCCCCCCUCCCCGACACCUACGGAGUAGGUAUGAACCGGGUCGUCCCCACUUGAUAACAACUUUGAAGGAGAAAUUCCUGAGACCUUAUGGACUGAGAGCUUACAAGAGUUGACUCUUUCCGUGAAUAAGUUUAAUGGUAGUAUAUCCGAAAAUAUUGGAGGUUGUCAUGAGAUAAAUUACAUUGAUUUGUCAGAUAACAAAUUAAGUGGUCAGAUUCCCAAGUCAGUUGGACGUCUGAAGAAUUUGAAAAAUAUUCUUCUGUUUAAUAAUAUGCUUAGUGGUACAUUACCAGUAGAAUUUGGAAACUGCACUUCUCUUGUUGAGAUAAGUCUUGUCAGUAACUUCAUCAGCGGGGAAAUCCCUUCAGAACUUUGCAACCUCCAAAACCUAGCAAAAUUUAAUGCAUUCGAAAAUAGAAUUCAGGGACAAAUUCCACAAUGCAUCGGAAGAAUAAGCGAACUGCAGGAACUAGCUCUUUUUGAGAACCAACUGACCGGCGAGAUACCACCUGGAAUCACAAAUAUGACGAAACUUGCAUAUCUUUCUUUGGCUCAUAAUAACCUUACGGGGGAGGUGCCACCUGAUCUUGGAAAAAACAAUUUUCCUGGCUUAAUUAAGGUUGAUUUAGGUUAUAAUAACUUCAGUGGACAGAUUCCUUCUGAACUGUGUCAUGGGAACAGGCUUGCAGUCCUGACUCUUGAAAACAACCGUUUCAGUGGAAGUUUCCCAACAAAUAUAGCAAAAUGCAAAUCUGUAUAUAGGGUGAACCUUUUCAACAACCAUUUGCAGGGGAAUAUUCCUGAUGACAUUGAAAAGAAUGAGAACAUUUCUUACUUGAAUGUUCGAGGGAAUAUGCUUGCAGGAAGGAUUCCAGCAGCAUUUGGUUACUGGACCAAACUUUCAGAGAUUGAUCUUUCAGAGAAUAUGUUUUCUGGUUCCAUACCUGCAGAACUUGGGAAGCUGCAAAAUCUUGUGAGACUGAGCAUUUCUUCUAACAGACUGACAGGACAAAUUCCUCUUCAGCUGAGUUACUCCGCAAAACUGGCAGAGAUGGAUCUCAGCAAAAAUAAUCUUUCAGGAAGAAUUCCAAAGGAAGUUGCAUCAUCUUCAGUAUUGACAAAACUUCUACUCCAGGACAACAAACUUUCUGGUGCUCUACCAGACGCUUUCUCCUCCUCACAAAAGCUUGUAAAACUGCAGCUCGGGGACAACUUGCUUGAAGGGCCAAUUCCAUGCACUCUGAGUAAACUUAGGGAACCUACUUUUGCACUGAAUCUGAGCAUGAAUAAAUUUAGUGGUAAAAUUCCUAGGUGUCUGAGCAAUCUAGACAAUUUAGAAAUCCUUGAUUUAUCAAGCAACGACUUGUUUGGUGCAAUACCAUCAGAAAUGCAAAAGAUGAGGUCCCUUACGUUUCUCAACAUAUCAUUUAAUAACUUGUCAGGGCAGAUACCUGAUAGAUGGGAAAAGCUGUUAAGCUCACAUCCAGGAUUUGCCCUGGGAAAUCCAGGACUUUGCUUAUCAGACACUGAAGGUAGCAACUGCAAGCAAGUGAAAAAAUCACAAGAAAAAUGGAAGACCAUGGCUGGGGUAAUUAGUGGAUGUGUUCUUUCCAUGGCAAUCAUAGUUGCUGCAAUGUACUUACUAGUUACUCGCAUUUGGCACCCAAUCCUUCUGAAUAAGCAUCGGCUUGUCAAGUGUCAGUCAGGAAUUGAAGAUCUACCGGAUGGUAUAACUUUUGAGGACAUUGUACAUGCAACAGAAGACUGGAGCGAAAAAUAUGUUAUUGGAAGAGGCAAGCAUGGAACUGUUUAUAAGAUGGAAUCUGCGAAAUCCAAAAAGCUUUGGGCUGUCAAGAAGGUUGACUUAGCUCACAGAGCAUUCAGCGAUGAAAUGAGAAGCCUAAAUUCUGUCAGACACCGCAAUUUGGUAAGAUUGGGAGGAUACUGCAUGAGACAUGGAUAUGGCUUCAUUCUAACAGAAUUUAUCCCCGGAGGGACUCUUCAUGAUGUCCUUCACCAGAGAAAACCACCUGUAGUCCUGAACUGGGAGUCCCGCCAUCGUAUUGCUCUUGGUGUUGCUCAAGGCCUGUCUUACCUUCAUUAUGAUACUGUCCCUCAAAUCAUUCACAGAGAUCUCAAAUCAGAUAAUGUAAUGCUGGAUUCUGAGAUGGUGCCAAAGAUUGGUGAUUUUGGGAUAGCUAAAAUAGUAUCAGAUGAAGAAAACUCAACGAACUCCAAAAUUGUUGGGACCCUAGGAUACAUUGCUCCAGAGCAUGCAUACUCAGUUCAGUUGACAGAGAAAAGUGAUGUCUAUAGCUAUGGAGUGCUUCUAUUGGAGCUCUUCUGCAGAAAAAUGCCAGUAGACACCAGCUUUGAAGAAGGAUUAGAUAUUAUUUUCUGGGUGAGGAAGCACUUGCAGAGAAGCAACAAUUUCUUUUGUUUUCUUGAUGAAGAAAUUAGUCUCUGGGAUGUAGAAGAACAAUGGAAGGCCCUGAAAAUAGUGGAUUUGGCCCUUCAAUGUGCUCAACUCGAGCCAAGCACCAGGCCUGCAAUGAGGGAUGUAGUAAGGUCUCUUGUCGAAUUAAAUAAAAGAUGUAAAGAGAAUAAAUGAAACUUUUAGCAGUGAAA